AUGACAGACCUCAAAGAAAUCCUGGUUCUGGGGGGAACAGGGGCCCAAGGCGCACCGGUCGUCAAAUCAUUGUCGGCCAGUGGUCGCUACAAGGCGCGAGUGCUCACCCGCAACCCAAAUUCCGAGCAUGCAAAGGCGCUCGCCUCGCUGCCCAACGUUGUCCUCAUGCAGGGCAAGCAAGACAGCCUGAGCGACUUGCGCCGCGCGUUUCAGGGCGUCUACGGCGCGUGGGUCAACAUCGACGGGUUCACGCUGGGCGAAAAGGACGAGCUCUUCUACACGAUCCGGGCGUACGAGAUCGCGCGGCACUACAAGGUCCAGCACUUUAUCUUGGCCAACAUUGACUACUCACUCAAGAAGGCCGGGUGGGAUGAGAAGUACCACUGUUGCCAUAACGACGCAAAGGGCCGCAUGGGAGAUUUCAUCCUCGCACAGGGUCAAGCAGGGAUGAAAACCUCGCUCUUCACAACGUGCCCAUACAUGGACAUGCUCUUCGAAGGCAUGUUUGUGCCGGACCAAAAGCCCAACGGGUCCUUGGUCUGGGCAAACCCAGCAGCUGAUGGGAAAAUUCCACUGAUCGCGCUCGACGACGUCGGCCCAUUCGUCUUGUGGAUGUUUGACAAUCCCGACCGAUCGGCGGGGAUGGACCUCGAAGUCGCCACGGACCAGGUCAGCAUGCAAGAAAUCGCCGACACUGCAGCGCGGGUGACGGGCAGAGAUGCAAAGUUCGUGCGCAUGCCCAUGGACGAGUACCUCCCUAAGGCGGAGCCUUAUCCGGGAGCCCCGGCUGCUUGGGGAGUCGGACCCAACGUUGCGACCGACGAGUCCUUGAUGAGCUGGAAGGACAACUUCAAGGCAUGGUGGCACUAUUGGGGCGAAGGCUUCGGGGCCACCAGAGACAUGGCUCUUCUCGACGAGAUCAACCCGAAUCGCAUCAAGGGGCUGGAGGCGUGGAUGAGGAAAGUCGGCUACGGCGGCGAGCGGCGACCCGUGUUGAAGGAUGUGCAGGACUUGAAGAGCUCGGCGCUGGACGAUGUUCUCUUCAACGUCCGCGGAUGA